AUGCACGGCUACAGCUCUUCAGAGGAGUCGGACGACCCUCGUCGCCCGCGCCCUGUGCCGGCAUCGACCAACAACACCGACAAGAAGAAGACGAAGAAGAAGAAGACGCCUCCGCAGCCUUCUAUCAACCAUAUUUGGAAGAAGUUUCAGGACAAAAAGUUCAACAAGGCUUUGGCUGUACUACCAUUCGACCCGGUUCUGCCCCCAGCGAGCUCAGAGAAGCCCAACGAGUUGCUGAGUGCUGGAUACGAACGAGCUGUCGAGGAGUGCCGCCGUAAAGUGAAGAAGAUUAUCCAAGAAUGUCGUAGAGUCAACAUGCGAUAUCGGGACCCUGGUUGGGAUUUGGACUGGGAUUUGAAGUGGGAGAAGGGCCACUGUCUCAACACUCUCGGCCACACCAAAUGGCAGCUUUCCAGAACGACUCUCUCGAACCCAAGCGCAUCUGUUCCGAAGGCAGUAAAGCGUGUUCACGAAAUCUUCGAGAAGCCAACCUUUUUAAAGAACGUCAAUGGCGGAGAUGUGAAACAGGGGAGCCUUGGGGACUGCUGGCUGAUGGCUACGCUGACCGCCCUCGCCAAUGUCGAGGGCGGUAUUCAGCGCAUUUGCGUUGAGUAUGACACCCGCAUCGGCAUCUACGGCUUCGUCUUCUACCGCGACGGCGAGUGGAUCUACUCCAUUAUCGACGACAAGCUGUACUUGAAGUCUCCCUGCUGGGAUUCGCCUAGUAUGCAGCGGGACCUCCUCCAGCAGAUCGACCGAGAGGAUGUUGAGCGUGUCUACCGCAAGACCUAUCAGACCGGGUCCAAGGCACUGUUCUUUGCGCAGUGCAAAGACCAGAACGAGACUUGGGUACCGCUGAUUGAAAAGGCAUAUGCCAAGGCCCACGGUGACUUCGCUUCGUUAGCUGGUGGUUGGAUCGGCGAGGGAUUGGAAGAUCUCUCAGGUGGUGUCACCACUGAGCUGCUCACCUCGGAUAUUCUUGACCUCGAGGGCUUCUGGGAAAACGAACUUGCUAAAGUCAACGAGGAGUUCCUUUUCGGAUGCUCUACCGGUCUCCUAGAUGGAGGCUAUGGUGAGAGAAAUGGCAUCUCGGAAGGCCAUGCAUACGUUAUAAUGGAAGCUAGGACUCUCAAAUCUGGAGAGCGUUUGAUCAAGCUCCGAAACCCUUGGGGAAAGAUUCGCAAGGGCGUGUGGGAGGGUGCUUGGUCCGAUGGCUCCAAAGAAUGGACCAUGGAAGUCCAGGAGGAGCUUGGCCACCACUUUGGCAAUGACUCUGUCUUCUGGAUCAACUACAACGACUUCCUGCGCAAAUUCCAACACAUCGAUAGAACCAGGCUGUUCCGCGACCCCGCUUGGAGAUGCGCUCAACAUUGGAUCGGCGUCGAGGUGCCUUGGAAAUCCCAGUUCAACGAGAAGUUCCAGGUCAAGUUGUCCAAGGAUGGGCCUCUAGUCCUCGUUCUGACUCAACUUGACACCAGAUACUUCAAGGGACUCCAGGGACAAUACUCUUUCCGCAUCCACUUCCGUAUACAUGAGCGAGACCGCCCCGGCGCCGAGGACUACAUCGUACGCUCCCACGGCAAUUAUCUUAUGGACAGAUCCGUCUCUAUCGAGUUGCCCGACAUGCCAGCCGGAGAGUACAGCAUCUUUAUGAGUGUCACUGGUGAGAGGGACACUAAUAUCUCCUCUGUCGAAGAUGUAGUAAAGCGUGAGUGCAAGAAGCGCGUCGAGAACGACAAGCUGGCGCAAAUUGGUGCCGCGUACGAUUUGGCGCAUAGCAAAGGCACUGCUCACCUUCAAGAGGUCGCCAGGCUGCGAAAGAUCAAGGAGCAGCAGAGGGCCUCCGAGUCUCGCCAGAAGGAGCGCCGCAAGCUCUGGGAGAGACGUCACACCAACCGUGAAGUCACCAAGCAGCAGACCAAGAAGAACAACGAGAAGCGCGACCGCAAGAUUGCCAAGAAGGCCGAAGCAGCCAAGGUCAAGGCUAAUCUCGAGACCGCUCAGAAGGCUGCUGCGGAAGCCAAGAAGGCCGAAGAAGCGAAACUUGUGGAAGAGGAAGAUGCAAAGAAGAAGAAGAAGGAUGUGGAGAAGCCCAAGGACCAAGCCGUCCAGACGGAAGCCUCCAAGGACGUUAGUGCAGGCGAGUUCAAGGAGGAAUCUAAAGAGGAAUCCAAGGACGUAGCUGCUGUUGACUCCAAGUCAGAUGGCACAGAUGGGUCUAAGGAAGAAUCCAAGGACGAAGGCAAGCCAGAGUCCAAGCAAGAGUCUAAGGAAGAGUCCAAAGACGAAGCCAAGAAGGACGCCGCCGACGACAAGCCUGCAGACAAACCUGCUCCUGCUCCUACCCCUGCUCCCGCACCGCCAGCGCAGAAGUCUUAUGACUCGGAUGGCGAUUCAUCCGACUCGCCCAUCGAAGACUGGGAAGCAUUGUAUAGUGACGAUGACAUGGUCAGAAAGCCACGCCUGACUCCCGCCGGACCGCCCAAAAGACACGACGAGCGUUACGAAUCUGAGGAGGAGGGUUUGCCUGAUCCCUGGAACGCCAUCUGUAUUGUAGGAGUGCGUGUCUACUCCAUGGAUGAGGACCUUGAAGUGCGCGUCGUCAUGGAAGGUGGCGAGCUUCUCGAGGGUGGUAUGGGCAAGAAGGGAGAGGCCGACAUCGACAACGCCCAGGUGAACGCGGGCGGAGAGCGUGAAAAGCUUGAGUCCGACGGCGCCGAAGCUGCGAAGCCUGGUGUCGAUUCAUCCGUGAAAGAGAAGACAGAAGAAGUAACUGAGGGCCCCAAAGACGACAAGGACGAGACGAAUGAAGAUUCAAAGUCGGAAAAAUCGGACAAAAACAGUGUUGACUCAACCGACUACGACAAGCUACACUCCGGAACUUCGACACCAGACGUCGUUGCUACCCCAGAAGCGACCCCAUUAGAGUCACACAAGGAGUUGUGUUAG